ACCCAUUGGUCAUGUUGGCAUUAGCAUAGAAAACAUUCUUUCUGUAAACGGAAAGGGACUUGUCUUUAAUAGAAAUGAUGAAACCACUCUUAUCAAGACAUGAAACAGAAAUAAUGUUUCUGCUAAUUGCAGGAACGUACAAGCAAUCGUUUAAUUCCAACAUAAGACCACUAGGCAAGACUAAACUAUAAGUUCCGAUUGCCAAAGCUGCAACAGGUGCACCAUUGCCGACUCGGAGUUCAAUCUCGCCUCGAGCUAACCGUCUACUCUGCUUCAGUCCCUGCAUGGUAGUACAGAUAUGAGACCCACAUCCAGUAUCUAGUACCCAUGAUGAAGAUAUAGACAUGUUAACUUCUAUAACAUACACCUCAGAAGAAAUGGUCGUACCUUCCUUCUUCUUGGUUGCGAGGGCACCUAAAUACAACACUCCAAGAAGAGAAUGCCCGGCUCAAGGCAGAUGGCCCUAUGGAGCUAGCAGCUGAGAGGUCCAAGGUCAAGUCCCUGCAGGAGCAGAUUGCUGCUUACCAAAGGGGGACCCAGGAUCUGGAAACGCAGUUUGACAAACUCCGGGAACAAAUCUCCAUCCUGGAGUCAAAGGCCUCAGCUUCAGAAGACAAGGAGGCCAAGCGUGAGGGUGCCCAUCUUAAGGAUCUCAUGUUGAAACACAUGGAGGCGAAACGGCUUACCCUCGAGAAGUUGGGGAAAGAGAGACAGACUGUCAGCGAGCUCUGGUCAAGGAUGGGUGAACUAGAGAAGGCAAUUGCUGCCCAUCAAGAGGAGGUUGCCACCCUGACUGCCCGUGCUGAAGCCCUUUAUGAAGAAGGGAAAUUUGACAUGCAACACUGCAUUUAUGAGGCGGUCCAGAGUGGUCUUCCAGCUCACCGAUCCCUGGAUGAUUUCAUCUCCCACUACGGAGUUGUCUUUAUUGAUCUUACUAUUUCCGAUUCUUCUUCUGAUUCUUCCUCGUUGGCAUUCCCCUCACUUGGGGCCCCAACACCUGAACUCUCUUCUGGGCCUUCUCUUGCCUCUGAACAAUCAGUGACUCCUCCCUUGCCCAGGGAGGAGAAUCACCCUCAUCUCCCCCAACGGGUAUCAGGAGGUGUUCUUCCGGGUUCCGGCGUGCUUCCUAACGGUGCCAGGACAGAAGUCUCUUCUGGCUGUCCUGGCACGUCUCGUCUGCAGAAGAGACGCAACCCCCACUCAGGAGCUUCCCGGUUGGUCUCUGGUGCGAGGCCUUCUUCCCAGGGUUCCCCUUCCCCUCAACAGUCAUAUGGACAGCCACCUGAGGAGUGGGGGGACUAUGACAUGGGGGGAAGGAAGGGAUGGUUUGCUGCUAGUUCAUCCCUUUUUGAUUUCUUCGCCAUGGCAAGUAAAUCUCAGAGUAAAGUCGUCAUCGACUUAACCCUUUCCGGGACAUCUUCUUCUUCGGAUGAUGAUUUCUCCGCCUCUCCGGCUCAAUCCAAUGACAUGGCUGGGUUGAGUCCUGGCGAGUUCUCAAGACUUUAUCCAGCACCUCGUCUUCCUGCAACAUCUCCUCCUAGUCCACCCAGGCUUCCAUCCGGGAGGAUAGACUGGGACUCUAUGACCCUCCAAGACUUCGCCUUUUACCAGAGGAUGCGCAGGGCCAAACUUGGGCGUUCUUUGCCGACUGUCGAGGCGAAACCUUCACGUGAAAGCCGGACUGCUUCUCCAAACUCACUGAAGUCUCUCAAUGAUGGUUCUUCAUUGGGAGCACCAGCUCCCCGUCCUGGGACGUGGGAAGACUAUGACAUAUGGGAAGCUGCUGAUUCUGCUGCGUGCCCCUCGUCGAAGAGAAGGAGCCCAUGGAAGGGGCCCCCACCUCCUUCUUGUUGACUGCAUGGAUGCAAUAGGCCCUCCUUCAGUGCCUAGCCCCCUGCAAAUUGAAUUUCUUUUCCUUGUUUUAUUUCAAGAGGCAUUCACUUGUUUGGUUCAGGAGUUUUUCCUGCGUCCCAUACUAAGGAAUGUCCUUCAAUUUCAGACUAGGAAUUAAGGUU